UGAUCCAAAAUCUGCAAUGGCACUCCAAAGAUUAGUUCAAGCUGCUGUUUGGUUUCUAGGAGAAAAUGCUAAUUAUGCUGCAUCUGAGUAUGCCUGGGAGUCUGCAACACCACCCGGUACUGCAUUAAUGAUGCUAGAUGCUGAUAAAAUGGUUGCUGCUGCAAGUUCCCGUAAUCCUACACUUGCUAGCGCUCUGACAAGGCUUCAAAGGUGUGCAUUUAGUGGAAGCUGGGAGAUCCGCAUUGCUGCUGUACAAGCCCUAACUACCAUUGCAAUAAGGUCUGGUGAACCUUAUAGACUGCAGAUAUAUGAAUUUCUUCAUGCUUUGGCUCUUGGAGGUGUGCAGUCAAACUUUUCAGAAUUGCAGCUAAGUAAUGGGGAAAAUCAAGGUGCCAGUGGUACUGGUCUUGGAUCUUUAAUAAGCCCAAUGCUUAAGGUCCUAGAUGAAAUGUAUAGAGGCCAAGAUGACCCUGCCAGAGAUAUUCGCCAGCAUGAUAACAGCAAACAGGAAUGGAGUGAUGAGGAACUCAAGAAACUUUAUGAAACCCAUGAGAGGCUUCUUGAUUUUGUUUCCUUAUUCUGUUUUGUUCCAAGGGCUAAAUACUUGCCCCUUGGUCCUACUAGGGCCAUCAAUCCUCAUGCCUACACCAAUGAGACUGUGUUUGUUCAGGAGAGGGAUGAGGAAGCUCUCAAGUACCUCAAGGACAUCAAGUGGGUCAGAUUAAGACUGGAGCACCCUGCAGUUCAGACCGUCUUGCCAAAUACAACGAGGCAAGGUUUGGAAAAGGUUCUGUACGGACACAUGGUCAAAGUCUGCAAUGAUCAGUACAGUUUGACUAACAAAUAUACUGAUGGCUGGCUGUCUUCAGUGCUGGGAACUACAAUUCUCACGCUGGUGUACCCGGCUGCAUUUACAUGGUUCACUACCAGAUUCCCCUUCCAAGGCUCUGUGCAGCUGUUCAGCCAUUUCUCCCUUCGAUGUCGGUGUUUGCCACUGCUCUGUGUGUUGGAUCACCAUUGA